CUAACUCAACCAUGAUCUGCUCAAAAGCAUCGGUGUCAAAAAUGCAAGCGACAGGAUCAGCAUUUUGAAGCACAGGGAUAGCCAAAUCGGUAAGGCAUCGAAUGAGAAGGUCUCUAAGAUCGUAGGAGAUGCACAGUCGGACAUAAUCUCGCGGCUCAAGCAGAGCGGGGGCAUCAGUGAGGAAAUGCUCCUGGGAUGGGUCAAGGAAAAAUGGCCCAAGUGCCAGAGGAAUGUUUUGGUAAAGCAAGGGGGUAUCUUACCAAAGAUGCACCAGGCCAAGGCCUUGCCGCUAUCUCAGAUGAACACAGAACGGAAUCCGGGAAGAUGCUGCUCGAAAAUGCAAAGGAUAUGCUGUGGGCUCUGCUGUUUGGAGACGCAGAGAGUAGCGUGAACCUUGACAGAGAUCAAAGAGAGCUUCUUUCUCUCACAGUUCCACAGAAGAAAGCAUACGCUUUCAACUUCUUCCAGGUGGUGACCGAGGUGGGCGUCUCGGGGACACGGCGAGAUCCGGACAACGUGAGAAACGACAUUGGUGCGCAUAACAUCCUGCUUCAGAUCGAGUUCGGCGACACAAGCUCCGAGCUUGUUGGAGAUGGAAUCAUGGUGUGCAUUCACCUCAUUAAUCUUCUCCAAGUCAACGAGCAGGUCCUGUAUGCUCGCAUGUCCAAUGUGGAGCAGAGCACCCUGCUCACAUCCCUUCACUUCCAGAAAUGAAUCCACGCAAAAUC